UGUUCAAAUGGAACUUCUAGACUGCAUGAGGGAAAUUGUUGCUUUUUUCUUUUUAAUCCAGUGGACAACUUCAGACAGCAGUUCUCUCGGUAUAGUUGCCACAUGUAACAAAGAUGAGAAUGAAAUACCCAACGAAUGGUUUGAAAGCCAUAAAUCGAACCCUUCACCCUUACAUGAGCUGACUGCGGAGCUGAGCGAAUCUCAAACCUCUCUCAUUUUAAGAUGGUCUAUUAAUAUUGAUAGCAGCAUUCACAGUCUUAUUGGCACAUGGAUAACACUUUCUAGAGAGUCUGACUCACAUUACAGAUGUCAGUACCAGCCUCCAUUUACCUCCGAGCAAAUCAACCUCACUGGUCAAGAACAGUUAUGGUUCAGUUUCACUGUGCCAAAUGUAUCUGUUUGUCCUUCAACCAGUUAUGACAUAUCUGCCUAUAAUAUUCCAACACCGUCUGAUGAGGCGAAUGAAGAAUAUGAAAAGAUGACCCAAACAGCUGAAGUUCAGUGGAAUGCUGACAUUUAUUCAGUGCUUCAUGGAGAUAAAAUAGUGGUGAGCUUCAAUACGAGUCUCGUGGCGGAGAGACACACCAUCGUACUGACAAACAGCACACAUCUACUGCUAAAACCUGUUGGAGGGAAAGGGGAAUGCAAAGUAGAAAAAUGUGAAGUGGAACUAGAAUACAUGGAAUACAUGGGUCCCUGUGAAGACCUUAAGAUAAGGAUAAAGCCUCACUUUAAAGACUGUCAGAAAGCAAGUGAAUGGGAGGCUCAAAAAGUGAACUGUCCGAACAGAUCUGCUUUGGACAUUGGUGUUGGAUGUGUGCUGGCGCUUCUCUUCGUGCUUCUCUGUUGCUGCAUCGUGUGUCAAAGCUUCCGCUGGGUUCGUGGCUCGAGGCGCGCGGAGUCUGUGCGCGUGCUGCUCGUGUACCCUGCAGUAGACAGUGUGUUUCAGCGCUCUGUGAUGCUCCUGGCUGACAGUCUGCAGAGUCGUGGUGGAGUAUGCGUCGUCAUCGACAUGUGGGAGAGAGGAAGUCUAGCAGAACAAGGGCCGCUCCGCUGGCUCAACACACAGGCCGACCUCUCCGAGAGAGUGCUCCUCAUCUCACCAUCUCAACGCUCACACACCGGUAACAAAGUUUGUGUUUCAUGCCAGCACCAGUGCAUUUGGAUAAAGCCUCACUUUAAAGACUGUCAGAAAGCAAGUGAAUGGGAGGCUCAAAAAGUGAACUGUCCGAACAGAUCUGCUUUGGACAUUGGUGUUGGAUGUGUGCUGGCGCUUCUCUUCGUGCUUCUCUGUUGCUGCAUCGUGUGUCAAAGCUUCCGCUGGGUUCGUGGCUCGAGGCGCGCGGAGUCUGUGCGCGUGCUGCUCGUGUACCCUGCAGUAGACAGUGUGUUUCAGCGCUCUGUGAUGCUCCUGGCUGACAGUCUGCAGAGUCGUGGUGGAGUAUGCGUCGUCAUCGACAUGUGGGAGAGAGGAAGUCUAGCAGAACAAGGGCCGCUCCGCUGGCUCAACACACAGGCCGACCUCUCCGAGAGAGUGCUCCUCAUCUCACCAUCUCAACGCUCACACACCGACAACCUUAAAUCCAAACUAGUUCCUGGCAUGCCAGAUGACACAGUUUCAGCUUCUGCCAGCAAUCUUUUUGCCCUGGCCCUCAACCUCGUUACCAGUGCUGCCCAUGACCCACAUGGCCGGGACAAGUUCUGGGUCAUCAACCUGGAGCAUGAUGAGAAGAGCGUGCAGACCGAGCUCAGAGGCUGCAGGACGUUCGUUCUGCCGAGAGACUUGAAGAAGCUCCAUCGGCAGCUGUUGAGUGGAGCGGUUCAGAGCCCAGCGCUGCCGGGGUGCUUCUACUGCAAAAACACCCUGGAGCAGCUGGAAGAAAAUACAGACUUCCCGUCUUGUGCAAAGUCUGUCAGCCUGGCUCAAUUCUACAAACAGGGCAAAAAUCCUUAUCUCUCGUCCUAUUAAGUGACUUUGUGUUUAUUUUUCAUUGCGUUUAUCCUAAAAGAUAUGGAGCCAGACCUGCUCCUGAGCUGUUCUCCUUCCUUCAGGCUUCAGUUCCAACUCUGCUUCAACACACCUGCCUGUUAUUUUCAUUCAUUAUGCAGAUCAGCAUCAGAAUCAUGAAAUCUGCCCUUAUCUGUAUACUCUGAGCUGGUUUGUCUGGUUUGCAGUGACCUUGUUUAGUGUGAUGAGUGGACUCUGACCACUUCAACAUUCAUAUGAUCUCCUGCACAUGUAGUGAUAGAAGGCAUAACUGAUCCAGCUCUUUGUGGUUUAAUAAAGGAAAGCUUUUCAUUUCUUCAGCUGUGCCUAUGGGAGCAUUCUUAUGCUGGAAUAGAGGAUCCUAAUGAAGGUCUGCUAACUUGUGUAAAACAUCACAUACACUGCACAGUGUAGGCUAAAGUUCAGGCUGCUAACCUCAACACCUCUGCUUUGAGCAAACACUGUUUGAUUGUUUGUGUCACAAGUGAACAGCUGAACUCAACCCGGUUCUGGAUCCCCUUGGGUUCUGGAUUCAUUUACACAUCUGACUUGCAUUUCUUCUGAAGCGACUUACUCCGGGUCAGUGUUGGAGAUAGUAACUUUUGCAUUACAUUAUUGUGUUACUCCCUAAAAAGUAACUAAUUGUGUUACUUAAGUCACAUUUUACAGAAAAUGCAUUAUGUUAUUUCUGCGUUACUUUGUAUAAUCUGGGAUGGGCUAGCUUGUUAAGUUUUUAAUAUUAAAAGUUGUAUUUUUGGCAAAUGUAAAAUUCAUUUUUGCUUAUUAGCAUGGUUGAACUGGAUCAUCGAAGGUGGAAUGAGCUGCCGACCUCCUGAACUGCUGAGAGCAUCAAGCAGCAGCUGAAGACACAGCAUUUCUUCAAGCAUUUAACCACUCCAACUGCCUUAAAGCAAUGCCCUAUACACACACACAAAUAUCCUAAUAAUCUCUGAAUCGCUCCGCUGCUCUAGCCUGGUUACUAAUCUAGCCAUCCAAUAAA